UCAUGUCGUGAGGUACAAUUUUUUUUAAAAGGAGGUACUAAAUAGUACAAAUUAGGUAAAAAAAUAUGGUAUAGUUUUCAUUUAUUUAGGUACAUUCGCCAUUCUGACUCUCACGAGAGAACAGGGAGGGCUGGGAAAGCUUUACCAGUCAAGUAAACCUAAACUGUUUUUUUUUUUUUAUCAACUUUUUAUUAUUUAUUUACAUUUUAUCUUCUCGGAUUUUCGCCUUUCUUUCAUAUACAUAUGUCAAAUUAUUAUUUGGCAAUUCCUUUUGUCGCAAGCGGCGACAGACGCAUAAAAAAAACAUUUGUCCAAAUAAGUAGUUAUUGAGAAGAAUAAAAUAAAACUCUGACCAAACACGGCAAGUCAAAUAAAUACUUCGUGAAGCAAAUUCAGACUUUACUCUUUUGCUUUAAGACCUUUUUACUAUUGUAGCUGAAUUAGUUAGCUGGUACAUAUUUGUGGUAUAAAAGAGACGGAUUUCUUCCAGUAAUUCUGUGUGAUAUUAGCUUCGGUACCUACAGCUAGUUCAAAAUGCUGAAGUUCGUUGGUUUCCUCGUUUUCGUGUCGGUGUCUUAUGCAGCCGUAGCAAGAUUCUCUACUGAGGAGAAACCAGUAGACUUAGCUAACCAAGAAGGAUGUUAUAUUUCCAAGAUAAACAGAGUGCUGCCAUACGAUGUUAACUUUUAUCCAAAUACCGAUUGCGCAGUGUACAUUUGCCAGAGCUCAAACAAUGAGACACUGUAUGAAACUUGUGGAGCAAUAGCUAUCAGCGAUGGCUGCAGAAGAAGCGCCAUAGACAACAGCAAACAAUACCCCGAUUGCUGUUACAAAGAAGUAUGUGAUAGUACCACCACCACCCCAGCUCCAGACACAACUAACGAAGGAAGCAACCAAGGAUCCUCGUCGUCCCAAUCUCCUAUACCUCAGAACCUAACGCUGAAGCGUCGUAGGCUGCCGUUGUUAAACCAAUACAAUUAAACGACAGUGUCAAUAAAAUUCAUAAUGGACAGGU